AUGGGCACCUGCCAAAGCGCAAGCUGUAACACCGAAUGUACUCCAGGCCAAUGUUCGGACAACUGCUGUUGCAGGACAACACAUGAUGGUCGGGAGGUGAUUGUGGACACCCGUCUGUGGCAUCCGGAUUCGACAUCGAAUUCUCCCCGGUCAGAUGCAGAUGGCGACGCUGAUGGCGCAAAGUAUGCAGCUGAAGCUUUCCAAUUAAGGGCAGCUGGGCUAGAGCAGUUGGAUCUGGCCCAUGCGACUCGGACAGUAACAUUCAGAAUUGAGCAAGAUCUGCUCAGAGGAGUGACUUUGACAUCAUCAAUACAGGCUUUUGACCGGCUGUGGUCGAGCUCACCAGCAAGUCUGUCAGUCCUAGAGCGAGGUUCCUUUUACAACAUGUCAGCCGCGGUAGACAGCCUGGAUGUUUUUCUGAGCCAUACCUGGCAUACCCCCGGAUCGCAGAAAGUUCGCGCAUUGAUGGUGCAGUCUGGCGGCUACCACUUUGUGUUUGGUUGGCUCGUGGGUGGAGGAAUUCUUGUCUGCCUGGAAGCUUUUGGAGUCUUUUCGGAGGCGUACUAUUACCAGCGAGCACCCUCGGCAAGGCUUGGUGGAUGUCUGGGCUGCAUCGUCGGACUUCUGGUAGCGCCCUACCUGCCACAGUUUCGCAGACAACGCAAGAGGUACUUUCUGGAUGUGGCAUGCAUUCAGCAGGUUGACCCAGAAUUGAUGCAACGUGGGAUUCGCAGCUUGGGCGGCUUUCUGGCAGCCAGCUCUGAACUGCGAAUUUUAUGGAGCCCGCUGUAUCUGUCCCGGCUUUGGUGCGUGUUUGAGCUCGCGGCCUAUCGGACUGCUAAUCCGAAAGGACGCAUUGUGCUAAAGCCUCUCUUUGCAGAGGUUGGGCUGCUUUACAUCAUCAUGGCGACUUAUUGGGCCUUGCUGGCUGAUGAGCUAAAGGUACGCAUUUGGGGGGACAGCGUGUAUGCUACAGAUCAGACCUUCAGCAAUCUUCUUCAAGCUGUGUCCCAAGUUGCCUUUCUCCCGUUGUUUCAUCGUCUUCGCCAGCUCCUCCAUGAAAAGCAGCAGCGCGUUCAUCAGAUGCAGAGCUUUGAAUUGGCAAAAGUAGACUGCACCGUGCCAAGCGACCGAGAGUUCAUCUACAUGUCGAUUCUUGAUUGGUAUGGAAGUGAAGAGGGGUUCGAGCAAUACGUGAGAGGCCCACUGGCUGACGAGCUCGUAAGGCCAUUUACGCAAAUCGACUUUCCAGCUGUGUAUUGGCUCAUGACCCUUACGCCCGUAAUCGGCAUGGGUCUGGAUUUCUGGUUGAACGAAAUUCUUCGCCGAUCAAACCCGGAUCCGUUGCAGGCAUUUCUAGCUUGGGUCAUUGCAACCCCUUUGACGUUCAUGAAUGUUCUGCAUCUGUGUUAUUACUUGUGCGACUGUUUGCGUCCUGGACCCGGAAUCUUGGACUUUGUAAAGAGCCUCUUGGUGUGGCUGGUGCUGUUGUUCGGCACCUCUAUGAUGUUUCAGCAGCAUGGCCUUCUUGGCUUCGGAGUUCAUGUGACCCUUGCGGCUUGCGCUGCUCAUGUGGCCAUCAACUUCCUCCUCAGGUGGGCGAUGCGAAGCAGAAAGUGCAGCAAGUGA